CUCUAUAGUUUUGAUUUAAAAAUCUUAGGCUUAGAAAUGAUCGCAACUCAUCACAAGCAUCGUUGAAAUCAAGUCCAUCCACCAACCAUGCCGCCGAUACCAGACACAUUUGGUGAGCCGCUCCAGAUAGUCACCACGUCCGACGGGCAUGGUUUUGAACUGAACGAAGAUCUCCUGGCCCAAAUCCUUCUGGACCAGAGAAUACGAGACAAGAAGGUGUGUGUGCUGUCAGUGGCUGGGGCCUUCCGCAAGGGCAAGUCAUUCCUGCUGGACUUCUUGCUGAGAUACCUUACCAAACAGGUUUGUGUCAUAGAUGGUGUCCCUGAUUGGCUGGGAAGGGAGGACCAGCCCUUGGAUGGUUUUUCCUGGCGGGGCGGAUCAGAGAGGGAAACCACCGGUAUAUGGAUAUGGAGCAAAGUAUUUCUGUGCCCCGGACCCAAUGGAGAACAGGUUGCCGUUAUGUUAAUGGACACCCAAGGAGCAUUUGACAGUGAGUCUACUGUCAAGGACUGCGCCACCGUCUUUGCUCUCAGCACCAUGACAAGCUCUGUUCAGGUGUAUAACUUGAGCCAGAAUAUACAAGAGGAUGACCUGCAACAUCUACAGCUCUUCACAGAGUAUGGUCGCCUGGCCAUGGAGAACAGCAGUGACAAGCCAUUCCAGUCUUUAAUGUUCCUUGUACGAGAUUGGAGUUAUCCUUACGAGUAUAACUACGGCGAGCAAGGUGGAAAUCAAGUUUUAGAAAAACGAAUCAAGCAAUGUGGGAACAAGCACGAGGAGCUGCUGCAGGUCCGUCGUCACAUCCACUCCUGCUUUGAGAAGAUCGGCUGUUUCCUGAUGCCACACCCGGGCAUGGCCGUGGCGAGGAAUCCCAAAUUUGACGGGCGGUUGUCCGACAUUGAUGCAGAGUUCAAAGAACAACUGCACUAUCUAGCUCCUCUGCUCCUGUCCAGAGAGAACCUUCUAAUGAAAGAGAUCAACGGCACCAAAGUCACAUGCCGAGCACUUUUAGAGUACUUCAAGGCUUAUAUGAAGAUUUAUCAGGGGAACGAGCUACCUGAGCCCAAAACCAUGUUACAUGCAACUGCCGAAGCCAACAACCUGGCAGCUGUGGCUGGUGCUAAGGACAAGUAUGUCAAAGAGAUAGAAGAGGUUUGUGGUGGAGAGAAGCCCUACCUGAGCCCAGAGGAGUUGGAGAAGCACCAUGAGCGGAUCAAAGCAGCGGCCCUGGCCCAGUUCAACGAAACCCGCAAGAUGGGCGGGGAGGAGUUCAGCCAACCAUACUGCGACGGACUCAUGGCCGACUUGGACGAAACCUACGAGCAGUACCUCAAGCACAAUGACAGCAAGAACCUUUUCAACGUGGCUCGCACCCCCAUCACGCUGGUGGUCACCAUGCUGGUCAUGUACAUCCUCUCUGGCCUCUUCGGACUCGUUGGACUCUAUUCCAUGGCCAACAUGGCCAACACACUGCUGGGUCUGGCACUGGUGUGCGUCACAGUCUGGGCCUACAUCCGUUACAGCGGAAAAUAUAGCGAGGUUGGGGUGUACAUCGACAGCGGCGCAGAGUUCGUCUGGGUGCAGAUUUUUGGGCCAAUCUACAAGCAGGCCAUGAGUCAAAAGAAAAAACAGGAUAAGAAGAAGAAGUAGACAAGGAAAUCUCCACCCGGAUGGUUUGGUAUUGUAGUCUUGCCUUGUCGUAAUACAUCAAAGGCUCAAUGACAGAGAUUCAGAGUUGUUCCCAAUCUGACACAACAUUUGGUGGUUAAAAGGGGGCUUGUAGUAGUUGCUGCCUUGCUUGCAGCAUUUCUUUAACCCUAACACUCCUCAGUCCUCCAACAGGUGAAGGAUUGAGGAGGGUUAGGGUUAAUGGUGAUUUUUGCCAUCACUUGAGCUUAAAAUACUAUAAUCACUCCUACAGUUGGAUCAUUAUGCACGGUGUAAAUGGAGCGACACCAUUUUUUCCCCUUUUGUUAUAUAAAAGCACCUUUAAUAUUCAGUCAAGAAUGAAAGUAACUGUUUGUCCAUUCAUUUUUGACUGUGGAUGAGAGUAAAAUGGAUCAAAGACAAAAAACUCUGUAGUUUCACGCCAAUUGUAGCCUGCAAGCUGAUUGUGGGGAAGUCCAAAUGAUGGCAGAAAUUUGUAACCACCAUGAAUGUACACAGAGAUAAUGUGACUUACCACCUGUAUCAAAUUUUAUGUGUCUUGUGCAUGCAGGACACUAGCCAAAACAGAAUUGCAUCAAGCCACCUGUCUGCCUGUCGUGGGAAAGUGCAGAAAGUAUUUAGGACAGGCACUUUUUGCUUCUACCAAAGUUACAAACCCCCAGUUAUUUCAUAGAUCUUUAACACUGGUAAAUGAAUCUUUAUUCCAAUGGAAGCAUUCAGCACAUUGGAAAUAUAUUUUCUGAUAGCACCAGUGGGGUGACAGUUUGCUGGGAGGGGACUGCCAGGUUUUAACAUUUAUGAGAAUGGACAGGCAGAUAUUGUAAUCCUAGAUGAAACCCUGGGCCGAAGGUAAUCAGCAUUGAAACAUCUAUUGAAUUAGUACAAAUGAAAGGGAAACCCCUGUAAAGUGUUUGAAAUAACAGUAACCUGCAUCACAGCAAGAAUGACCAUGAAAUCUCUGUGAUGGAUCCUUGAGAGCUGCACACUACUGAUGAGAUUGUUUAUCAAUUGUUCCAAGUCUAGCACAGCAUGGACAACCUUGCUGUGUUUGCCUUCAGAUAGUGAAUUGAUAUCUGGCUUGAGUGUUUUCAACAAGCUUUGGUAUGCUAUUUUUUCAAGUGCAGUGCAGUGCAUCUUUGCCAUACUUAAAUGGCACAAAGGCACCUGACAUGUCUGAACGUUUCAAAACCCACAUCCAGUGGUUUCUUGUGUUUGCUCAAAAUCACUCGACACAGCGACUGCAUACUUUGAUACAUGUAUAUGGAAUUCAAGAUUUGAAGGUGCACCCGUACUCUAAAAAUGACAAGUUGUCCAAAGACUCCAAACUGACUGUUGACUCUCCUCAACAGGUCAGCACUAACAAAGCUUGGAACACAGCCGACUUACAAACUAUCAACAGUAGAGGGAGGUCAUUUCUGAGGCAUUUUCAUGACAAUGCCCAUUGUUCAUUAAAGUCAAUAGGACCAGACCUUUACGUUACCCCCACUCCCUGAAGUGACUGAAAGGGAUCGGUUUUGAUUAUAUUGAGAAAUAAGCCAAUUAACUGGAAGUGUGCAGCUUCUGUAUGAAUGGUAACAAGAUCUCACCAAACCCAUAGAAACAAGUAACAGUUAGGUGUUUAAUGAUGAACUGAUAACAAAAAUUAUUUCUUACAUUUGUAUGUGUGGAAUUUUGGCAAUCUGCCAGUGAAAUGCGUUUGCAUCUUUAUCAAGAUUUGUUCCGUGUUACACAAUUGAUAUAUUUUGAAUUUCUAAUUCACCUGGCCUUUCUUGUCAUGUAUGUAUUUUAAAUUAAAAUUUAAUUGCUGUUGCAAACAUUUGUUGUCUAUGUUUUACUAGCCCCGAGAGCUGGAGUUUAAUUAAAGCGUUCUUCCAACUUGUAUUUAUUACACUGAAGGAGUGAGUAUGCCGGAUGCUGUAUCAUUGAACUCUGGCAAACUGUAUUCAUCUGCCCCAAAAUAAAAAAAACAUUGGGUCUGUAA